CAAAAGCCAUUUCUGUUUCUACUAUCCAACCGCCACCUCAGUCCGCUCUGCUUUUACCCCACCCCCUCAACGCGAUUCCUCUUCGUCCCCCCGCUUCCACCGCAACCCCACAAAGCUCCUCUCGCCGCCGCACCAGCUCGUGACACCCUAACCCUAAAACCCUCACCCUCGCCUUCAUCCCCACGCUCCCAUGGAGGGGCGCGGAGGCUAAGCGCCGCCAACCCUAUCGCAUAUCCCCAUGGAUUGAGUCGAUUCCCAAGGCAUGGGUCCAAACCCUAGCCUGCAACAGCUGGCCGCGGCGGCGGCGGAGGUGGCGAUGACGGCGUCCGAGCCGCCGCCGCCGCCGCGCGCGCGCGUGGUGCGGAUCCUCGUGCACGAUGCUGACGCUACCGAUUCGUCCUCCAGCGAGGAUGAGGCGCCGCCGCCUCCGCGGAGGGCGAGGGUUGGCAGCAGCAGCGUGGGCGCGAGGCGCCGCGUGAUGGAAGCGGCCGGGGCUAAUCCGCCCGUACGCUUCCGUGGCGUCCGCCGGAGGGCGUGGGGGCGCUGGGCGGCGGAGAUCCGCGACCCGCACGGCAGCCGCCGUAUCUGGCUGGGCACCUUCAACAGCGCGGAGGAGGCCGCCGCUGCCUACGACGUUGCAAACAUUCGCUUCCGCGGUGCCAGCGCCCAUACCAACUUUCCCCCCGCUCGCUACUUGCUGCCACUAGAGCCAGCCAAGCCUAUCAUCUCGCUGACUCCUGGGCCAGGAAAGGUGAUCACCUUGCCACCAGUACCUGUGAAAUCGACCGUCCCUCUGCAGGUGAAGGUGAAGGAGGAGGGUGGGAGCUGUGACGGCCAGGGGGAGGAAGGUAGUUCGGAGGUCAAGGCCUUUGCACCAAGGCCGAUGUGGGAGAUGAUCCCUGGGAAGCGCAAGAAGCGUCCGGGCUGUGGCAGUGGCACUCGCCUGCGUGCCAUUCAUGCUGCCUCUGUCUGCGUGGAGGAGGUUGGCGGAGCCUGAGGGCCCAAGUACCCUUAUAAUUACUAUCGCUAGAACCUUGAUUGUCUAUCUCCAUAGCAUCAUUAGAACUUGGUAUUGUAUAAUUUUGGUUAGUGUUAAACUGUUGAUGCGAAAAUCUAUGACUCUGGUUGUGAUAUGAUUGGGUGAUGAUCUUAUGUAUAUAUGGUGUUCUGUUACAUUUGGUAAUAUGUUAUCCGUGUGAUGCAAUGUGCGUGCUUGAAUGUGGAAUUGAACUUAUGCAAUC